CACGAGGGCGUGCUCUUAUCUCUAUCGGUUGUCUUCAAUAUAAUCCACGUCUCCAGUCUCUCACCAAAAAGCGCAUUUGGCUUGGAAAAAUGCUCUUUUUAGCAUUGCCCGCUCAAAAUCAAUAUCACCCGUCCAUUUCCUUGACAAUGGCCCUUCUAUCCGCACCAGGCCUGGGAUUUAUUCCAUUAUUUCAUCAUCUAAGCUGUGAUGCAUUGGUGGCAAUCUUGUGUCUGGGGUUUUCUGACUGGAAGUUUGUCUCCCAUACACAAUGGUUAAUGGGCUUCAUGAAUUGUUGGCGCCGCACUUAUGGGGCUUGCAGGACAGACUAUUGGACCGCAGCGUUCUUGGUGAAGCCAAAGUGGGUCACUGGCUGUGGGCAUACUUCAUUGUGAGGCAGACUUCGCCGCCCCUAAGCCAGAUCCGUGGAUUAGAGUAUCAUGCGUGUUACCCCAUAAAUAAUAAUCAUUUGGGUGCUAGCCAUCCCGUAAUUGGCUAUCGUCAUCCUAUGAUAUUCCGUCUUGUGUGUCUGCCUUCGAUAAGGUACGCUGGACAAUGGGUCUGUAACAACUAUUCUCUAUGGAA